UUAAUCAUGAGUGGACGAGGGAAAACCGGCGGUAAGGCCAGAGCUAAGGCUAAGAGCCGCUCCUCCCGUGCCGGACUCCAGUUCCCCGUGGGCCGUGUCCACAGACUGCUCCGUAAAGGGAACUAUGCCCAGCGGGUGGGUGCCGGAGCCCCUGUGUACCUGGCGGCUGUGCUGGAGUAUCUGACCGCUGAGAUUCUGGAGUUGGCAGGAAACGCCGCCCGUGACAACAAGAAGACUCGUAUCAUCCCCCGUCACCUGCAGCUGGCUGUCCGCAAUGACGAGGAGCUCAACAAACUGCUGGGAGGAGUGACCAUCGCCCAGGGAGGAGUUCUGCCCAACAUCCAGGCGGUUCUGCUGCCCAAGAAGACCGAGAAGGCCGGCAAGGCCAAGUAAAGCUGGAGAACCACAACCAGACCCAAAAGGCUCUUUUCAGAGCCACACACUAACUUCAAAACUGCAGCUUUACCAUAUGUUUGUAGAAAGGAUGCAGAGGCUUUUUGUGAGUGGUGUCUGAAAAUC